AUGCCAAUCAAAUCAAAACAAAUCCUUUAUUAUUUUGAAGAUGGCACCGAAAAAGAAAUGGUUUACCGCUAUGUGCUUCCACGAGUCCUGUCAAUAUAUCCACCAACCGAACAUAUACAGAAACCAGAGAAAUGGCAAAUAAUUUUCGACAUGAUUGCGAUUAUAGAAGAAAUCCGUAGAGACACGACGGAAUUCAUAGCCACGCAAAACUUCUCCGUCGGACAAUCAGAAGCUCUUUACAAUCAUUGGUUAAUUAGCCAGUCAAGGAAAAGAAGAGACCAAAGGGAGCACUUAAUUCUCUGGAUCUGCAAAGCAACAUUUGUGUGCGACGUUUGGAAAUCAAAACAUGGAAAUAUAACGGGAAUCGGGACACAAGUGCGCGUUGCGUUUGAUAAAAUGUUCAAUGGACAGCAAGAGUUUUGGAGAAACUUUUUAAAGAUCAAGACCAACUCCGAGAUGAGAAUUUCCAAAAUAAAGAUGGAAGAGUUCGUGAGGAAAAUUGAACAUUCUUUCCAUGAAGGAAGAUCAACUACUUCUCAAGGAUUUUCUGAAGGAAGGGAUCCUAGAAAUUGGCAGGCUGAAACAGGCAUGGUGCCGACGAGACAAGAUCCGGGACAUUCUGUGAGAAACGAGAAAAGGGCACAACAAGUGAUAGAGAUAAAUAAACCUCCAGUUCUCAAUUUGCGAUUUCAAGAGGUGUAUUACGGAUCGUUGAACAACAAUGUCUCAGCUGUCGAUAUAAGACCACUUCCGAUUAUUACCAACCAUCACAGUCAACAAUCAAGCCUGCAGACAAAGAACCAACAACUGAUGAAUCAGACUGGAAACGGCGGAAUUCAGCCAAGCCAACAAGCUUUCGACUCAACUGAUGCGACCGGCCCACCAGCUAAACGGCAAAAAAUUGUCGGCGACAGUGACUCUUUCUUCAUGGCAAAUAACACUGGCGAGAAAAUUCAAGCUUACCUAUUGCCUGAUAACAUUGACAAAAUUUUGAAUUUAGAUGGUAACCAGGGAAAUUUUACCGGAAAUAUGCAUGAAGGGACACACAUGGUGGAACCAAGCAAUCAGCUACAGUCAGCAACUACUGACCAACAAACUCAUCGACAAACCAAAAGAGCGAGAACUCUUUCAGAGCAAGGAUUAACAAAUAAUGACAUGAACAUUAUUCUACCAAAUCAAAGUGCCGAAUCAUGGAAUGAUAACAAGAGUAUUGAGCCAGAUAUACGACCAGCAAACGAAAUCGGAGAGCCUAAUCAAAAUGAUUCCAACAAUUUAAAUCCUCCUUUGCCGUGCCUCGAUGCAGACACCGACUUUGAAUCUUUUUUUGCUCAACUUGAGGCGGACAAUGUCAAGAAGUUCGAUGAAACUUUCACCUACAACGGGAAGAAUUAA